AUGGAGCAAGAUUGUCUGCGCUUUCAAGAGUUAAGGGAAACACUAGGCGACAAAUGUAAACCAUACUCUCGUUCACUCCAGACUGGCCAAAGUAGCAAAGAUCUUUUCGGGUCAAAUCAAUCAUUACCCACAGUGAGCAAUACCUCAGAAGCGACUGACAUUCUACUAGUGUCCACAAGCUCUGUUCGUCAUGUCGUUCCUGAGCCAUCAAAAAGUCGCAGAAAAGGAAAAGGAAAGUCGAUCAGCGAAGUUGUUCUUGGUGACAUCCCUCAAAGAAGUCCAGUUCAAAUUGUCGCUGAGAAUUAUCUUGGAUCCUCUUUGUCAAUCCAAAAGAAAGAGGCUAAAGCAAGAUUGAUGAUUGAACACGUUGAGAAACCUGCCGAAGAUAUCGGAGAAGACCCCGCAGAGACAGACAGAAAAUUAAAAGAAGUUAUUGAUAAUACUGUAGGGGAAAAAACUGUCCCGUUCGUUCAAAUAAUCUUGACUUUUACCCAGUAUAUUGCCAAAACUCAAGAAGAAAAUACCUCCAAUACUGCGUUCGAUAGAACAGCUAACAGAAGUUACAGCAACAUAUAA